CUACAAGACGUUACCCCUCUUCCAAGUAUCCAACGCGUGAUCACGUUAGCCUCUCUAUGCCACACACAAAAAUCACUGGUAUCCUAUUACAGGCCGGGCAAAUAUGCUCCCAAGGUUCAAGGAAGCAAGUACGUGAGACAUCGUUAUCGCUGUUUCGCUGUGUAGAAGCGCCGAUGAAGGAGUUCUGUUGACUUCUUGCCCGCGGAGGGAGGGGGAUAGCGGCUGGGUACGAGUACGGUACGGCGAGUAUGGCGAGUAUGGCAAGUACGGUGCCGUACAGUACAGUCCAGUCAUCCUUCGGCUCGGAGCUUCACAGUCCCGCGAUGCGAUACGGCAACGAUAACGCUGCACAGGGAUUAGAGGCGGCCACCAGGGCUACAGAUGGCUUCGAAGUGACUUCACUGCUGUCUGACAAGCACAACCAGCAGCGCAGCAAUGGCGGACCACACAGCUUCGAAGCUCAAUCCAGAUACCCAUCUGAUCCUGGACCAGCAGCUAUUACGUCUUCCCUAUGAGUUGCUGAGGAAGAAUUUCAAGGUUGCCCAGCUCUCGGUGGAAAGAGACAGCACUGCCGUCAAACAGAGCCUCAAAGAUACUGCACAGGCAUGUCUCAACAACUCGUCGACCCCGGACGAGGUUCUCAAGAACCUCGACUCCAUGAUAGCUCGUAUGCGAGGUCUGAAACGGAAAUUGGCGGCGUGUGCGGAGGAAGAGAAGAGACUGCAGAGCCAUUCUCAGGCCCGGGUAAGGCACCUUGGAGAACUGUAUUCUAUGCAGAGCCUGGACGACGUCAAAUAUGAAGCAUGGAGUCGGACACGACUUGACCGCCUACUUGUAGACUACAUGCUACGGAAUGGUUACGUCCAGAGUGCUACGGCGUUAGCGCAGGAAAAACAGAUCGAAGAGCUUGUGGAUACUGGGACGUUUAUGCAGAUGGGCAAGAUCAGAGACAGUUUGCGGAAUGGAAGGGUUAAUGAGGUUCUGGCUUGGUGCACGGAGAACAAGAAGGAGCUGCGUCGUAUGGGUAGCAAACUCGAGUUCAUGGUUCGCUUUCAGCAGUAUAUUGAGUUGGUGAGGACACGGGAUCAGGCAAAGCUACAGGAUGCUAUUGUUCAUGCCAAGAAAUAUCUUCUUCCCUCCAAGGAUCUCUAUCCUUCGGAAGUAAAGCAGGCCGCAGGGUUGUUGGCAUUCCCACCCGAAGCCGGGUUGGCGAUAUACACCAAUCUGUAUGCGGCACACCGUUGGGAGGAUCUUGCUAAGCUAUUCAUGGAAACUCACAACACCCUCUUAUCUAUCCCAGCCGUCCCACUGCUCCAUAUUGCGCUUUCAGCAGGCUUGUCAGCGCUCAAAACCCCUUCUUGCCACUCAUCACACUUGUCUUCAUCAGCAUCCCCAUCAUCUUCGUCUUCUAUCACAAGCUCUGUCUGUCCAAUAUGCAGCACAGAGCUGAACGCACUGGCCCGAAAUGUUCCAUACGCAAAUCACACCAGCAGUCGUGUCGAUCCUGACGCUGUAUUACUUCCCAACUCACGAGUAUACGGGAGAGCGAAACUCGAAGACUAUAGUCGGAAAGCUGGGCUUGACAAGGGGUUUGUAAAGGAUUUAACUACGGGGAUGGUGUUCGAGAUAGCAAACGCUAAGAAAGUGUAUAUAUCUUAGGUGAGGAGCCUAAGGGUGUUGGGAGGAGUAUAGGAAAGACUGUAUAGCGAGGAUUUUUGUAUGGUAUCAAUUAUGAGCGUUUUCACACUGAAGUAAGAUCUUGAACCAAUUCGAAGGGUUACUGC